AUGACAGGCUAUGCAAUCCGCCAAGUCCGUCGUCGUAGCUACCCGGAUCCCAACGAACGCAUCCCACCCGGCGUGGAAGAAGUGAUCUCACGUGGAUCCUGCCACAUCGGCAGACUAAACGACACAAUGGUCCUGAAGUAUGCCUCCGACUUCAACGACCCGGGCUAUCUGAUGAGCAUCAAAGUCGAGAACCGCAUCUUGCAGCUCCUAGGCCCGCACCCCCGAAUCAUCGAAUCCAAGGGCCUCGCCGAAGACGGUCUCAUCUUAAAGUACUAUCCUAACGGCACGCUCCGCAACUACAUCAAGAACCACCCGUACGAGACACUCGAAUGCCGCCUCGAAUGGUGCAAGCAGCUCGUCGACACACUGUCGUUCGUGCACUCCAAGCGCGUUAUCCACUGCGAUAUCUGUCUGCACAACAUCCUCCUCGACGAGAACUUCGAUAUCAUCCUCGCCGACUUCCAGGGUCUGGUCAUCUCGAGCACUACCGGUAGGACCAUGCUGGAUGGAUUGACGCGCGAGUGCGCCAAGUCGUACAUGCCGAGGGAGAAUCUCUAUUCUGCGAGUUUUAAGACUGAUCUAUUUGCUGUCGGAUCGGCGAUCUAUCAUCUUAUUGUUGGUCAUGAAGUUUUUCCGGAGUUGGAUAGCUUCGAUGAUGAGAAAGAGAUCAAUGCCCGGUUUAUCAAUGGGCACUUUCCGAAAAAUGACUAUGUGGCCAGUCAUAUUGUGGAGAGGUGCUGGCGAGGGGAGUAUGCUUCUGCUGCUGAGAUUUCGAUUGAUAUUGCUGAGGCUCAGGCUGCUACGAAGGCUGUUGAUGAGGUGAUGAAGCAGCUAGAUGCGGAGGAGCGGGAGGUCGAAGAAGGGGAGUAUGAAGAGGAUGAAGAAUACGAGGACGAGGCCGAGGACGAGGAAGAGGAGGUGUUGUAA